AUGAUUAAUGCCGAAAGGCGUAGGUCGAUGGCGGAACGUCGUCCAUCAACGUUGAAUCGCUCUUCCUUCAGCGCUGAGCGUAAGAGCUCGAUCGCUGUAGUGCCGCACUUAGCGGGUAUUGAAGAUCCUUUACCCGAAACCACCCCGGAUACUGUUGAUGUCGUGCUGGUAGGUACGGGUCUAGUUGAGAGCAUCCUAGCAGCUGCGCUCUCUUGGCAAGGCUCUAGCGUCUUGCAAAUCGAUUCAAACUCGUAUUACGGCGAUACAUCUGCUACUUUGACUAUUGACCAACUGAAACAGUGGGUGCAGGAUGUUAAUAAGAGCAAUCUGAAAUGCUAUGAAAAUGCCAAGUUACACAUCUCGAGCAAUAUUGGCAGAGGCUUGUACAAAUCGCGGGAGUUUGGUAUCGAUUUGUCUCCCAAAAUCCUUUUUGCAAAGUCAGACCUUCUCUCUAUUUUGCUCAAGUCUAGAGUGCAUCAAUACCUAGAGUUUCAAUCUUUGUCUAAUUUUCACACCUAUGAAAAUGACUCAUUUGAGAGGCUCACCAAUACGAAACAAGAGAUCUUUACAAAUCCCUCACUUCCGUUGAUGACGAAGCGGAACCUCAUGAAAUUCAUUAAAUUCGUGUUAAACUGGGAAACUCAAGCGGAAGUAUGGGAGAUGUACAGAGACAAACCUGUGGCUGCAUUUUUAGUCGAUAAAUUCAAGUUGGAGAAGGCACAAGUAUAUGAACUGAUAUUUUCCAUCGGAUUGUGCUAUAACAUCGAUGUCAAAACCCCUGAAGCUUUGCAAAGAAUCCGUAGAUAUCUGACAAGCUUUGAUGUUUACGGACCUUUCCCAGUUCUAUAUUCCAAGUAUGGAGGUCCCGGUGAGUUAUCACAAGGAUUCUGUCGAUCAGCCGCUGUGGCUGGGGCUACUUACAAGCUAAACGAAAGUUUAGUCUCCUACGACCCGGAUACAAAGAUCGCCAUUUUCGGUGAUGGCUCAAAGGUUGGUGUUACUGAAAAGGUAGUAAUAGCACCUACACAGUGCCCCGAGAACAGUCGAAAUGUUCCGAAACAAAAGUACGAGGUCCAAAGAUUAACCUGCGUUGUUGACAAACCUUGCUCUGAGUGGUUUGGGGAGGGAGAAUAUUCCUCAGUGGUUGUUUUUCCACCAAACUCCUUGAAGUCCGGUAAUCGCCAAGCAGUUCAAGCACUAAUUAUGGGCGCUGGUAGUGACGUAUGUCCGACGGGUACAUCUGUUUGGUACCUAACCUCGACGGAGAGCGGGCCUCGCGGUGAAAUGGACUUGGAUGCGGCGCUAGGGGCUUUGGAAGAAAGCAUAAUGCGUGAGUCAUCUGCAGACAUAGAAAACGACGAAGGUAUAAUGGAGGUAGACAAUAGUGGGCACAUGACGCUAAAUUCUGUGAAAUUAGGUCAAUCAUUCAAGGAAUACAUUCCAAGAGAGAAGUUACAGAUUCUUGUUAAACUAUACUUCAAGCAGCUGACAUCAACACCUCCCUUUGAAGUGGUCGAUUCCUCUAUUUUUGACAUUAACGAACCCGUUGGCUCGGAACUGAAGAAGUUAAUACCGGGAGCUAGUGACAAUGGUGUUUUGUACACACCGCUUCCGUCGGCAGAGAUCUCAUAUGAUGAAGCUAUCACUGCUGCGCGUAUGUUGUUCCAAAAGAUCGUGGGUAGUGAUGAUGAUUUUUUCGACCUCGAUUUUGAUGACGAGGACGAGCAGAUUGAUGAGUCUGCCGUUGUUGACGACGAUGAGGAUGACAAGAUGAACAUGACGCUUGAUGUUGAAAUGAGCGUAGAACCCGUAGAUUUCGCAGGCGAAAUGGAAAUAUGA